AUGGAGCCUGUGCCCAUUACGUCACAGAAACAUGACCCGGCUUGGAAGCAUUGCCAAAUGUUUAAGAGUGGGGAUAGAAUUCAGCUCAAGUGUAUAUAUUGUAGCAAGUUGUUUAGGGGUGGAGGGAUUCAUAGGAUUAAGGAACACCUUGCAGGCCAAAAGGGCAAUGCUUCAACUUGUUUGAGGGUCCCGCCGGAUGUUCGGGGUUUAAUGCAGCAGAGUUUGGAUGGGGUGGUUGUGAAGAAAAGGAAUAGGCAGAAGCUAGAUGAGGAAAUUACUAACAUUACUCCCCCGCAGGAUGGCGACGUGGACUCACUUGGUGGGACUCAGAGUGAUGUGAAUAAUGCGGUUCAGUUGGUUGGAGUUUCGGUUGAGCCUAUAUCGAGGUUGUUGGUGAAUCGAGAGGGGGUGACGAGUGUUAGGAGUAUGGAUAGGAGGAAGAGGGGGAGAGGGAAAAGCUCAUGGUCGUCCCAUGGUGUUCAUGGUGUUUGUAAUGGUGGUGCAUUGGUUUCUAGGAAAGUGAAUAGCUAUGUUCAUGAGGCGAUUGGGAGGUUUUUGUUUGAUAUUGGGGCACCUCCGGAGGCAGUGAACUCGGCUUAUUUUCAACCGAUGAUUGAUGCAAUUGCUUCAGGAGGUCCGGGGAUGGAGCCUCCCACGUGUCAUGAUCUUCGGAGUUGGAUAUUGAAGAAUUCGGUGGAGGAGGCGAGGAAUAAUAUUGAUAAACACAGGGCGACGUGGGGAAGGACUGGUUGCUCUAUUUUGGUUGAUCAGUGGAACACGGAGUUAGAUAAUGUUAUGCUUAGUUUUCUGGUGUACUCUCCUGAAGGAACUGUGUUUUUGGAAUCAGUGGACGCAUCAGCGAUUAUAAAUUCCUCAGAUGCUCUUUAUGAUUUGCUUAGAAGAGUGGUAGAAGAUGUUGGAGUAGGAGAUGUAGUGCAAGUGAUUACUAGCGGUGAAGAGCAAUUUGUAGUUGCAGGCAGAAGGUUGGCUGAUACUUUCCCUAAUCUGUUUUGGAUUCCAUGUGCAGCUCGUUGUCUGGACCUGAUCCUUGAGGAUUUUGGUAGUCUUGAUUGGAUACAUGCAGUAAUUGAACAAGCUAGAUCCAUCACAAAGUUUGUAUACAAUCACAACGUAGUCUUAAAUCUGGUUAGAAGGUCCACUUUUGGCAAUGAUAUAGUGGAACCAGGAGUUACUCGCUUUGGUACAAGCUUUACAACAUUGAAACGACUGGUUGAUCUGAAACACUGUUUACAGGUCAUGGUGACUUCACAAGAGUGGAUGGAUUGCCCAUAUUCAAAGGAACCAGGGGGAUUGGAGAUUUCAGAUCUUAUUAGCGACAGGGAUCAAUCAUUUUGGUCCUCAUGCACCCUGAUUGUUCGUUUGACAAGUCCUCUGUUGCGAGUUUUGAGAAUGGUUGGUUGUGAGAAGAGGCCUGCAAUGGGUUUUAUUUAUGCUGGAAUGUAUCGAGCAAAAGAAGCAAUUAAGAAGGAACUUGUUAAGAGAGAGGAAUACAUGGUGUACUGGAAUAUUAUAGAUCAAAGAUGGGAACAGCAUUGGAAUUUUCCUCUUCAUGCUGCAGGGUUCUACCUUAACCCCAAAAUCUUUUAUAGUAUUGAAGGAGAUAUUCAUAAUAGUAUCCAAUCGGGUAUGUAUGACUGCAUAGAGAGAAUGGUUCCUGAUAUAAAAGUCCAAGAUAAAAUCAUGAAAGAGAUAAUUUCGUACAAGAAUGCUGCUGGGGAUUUUCGAAGGAAGAUGGCCAUUCGGGCUAGAGAUACUCUGCUUCCUGCUGAAUGGUGGUCAACAUAUGGUGGAGGUUGCCCGAAUCUGGCUCGCUUGGCAAUUCGCAUUCUGAGUCAAACUUGUGGUUCAAUUGGGUAUAGGCAAAGUCAGAUUCCUUUUGAGAAAGCACAUGGCAUAAGGAACUGCCUAGAGCGCCAACGUCUCAGGGACCUUGUCUUUGUUCAGUACAACCUACGACUGAGGCAAAUGGUUGAUAAAAACAAUGGAGAAGAUUGUAUGGAUCCUAUAUCAUUUGACAGCAUUAGCUUAGUUGAAGACUGGGUUACAGGGAAGGACGUGUGCUCGGAAGACUUUGAAGGUUCAAGUUGGAUGUCACUUGACUCACCCUCUGCUAGCACGAUGCUUUUAGGGCCCUCAAAUGAUGAUGCCGAGGAUUUGGGCUCUGGGUUUUAUGAUGGUGAGAUUUUCAGUAGGGGAAAAGACGGGGAAAUAGAAAUUCUCGAAGACAAUGUAGAAAAUCACUAGCACCGCAUCCAUGACAUAGUCCCAUGGUUAUGCAUCACCACCUUGUUCUCUGCAAUCAAGCAAGUGAUGAUGUUGUAAAGUAAAUGUGCAUAGGGGUGUUUGGCAAAUUUUGAAGCCUUAAAGACAGGUAGUAUUAGUUUUAGAGAAAGGUGCAUUGCAGCUGAUAAUUAGAAGCAGAUAGUUUGUAGCCAUUAAUGUUAGUUAGUAUUUAUACGCCUCAUAUGUUGUCGUCGCUUAUGAGUAAAUUUCAUACUCGCUCAAAACCAUUAGUAUCAUCAGUGUAAUGUUGUAUAUGCAGUGAAGAAAUUUAGCAUGUUUGAUC